GGGGACCUUCCGAGUCCUCGACUCCGCGUGGCGCCUCCGAAGUUAUUUCGCGAAAGCAAAAAUCGCCGCAACUGCUGCCAACAACAACACAACUCCAGCAGCGGGGGCUGCUGCCUCCACUACGCGCGCUGGAACGAGCCGCAAGAGACGAGCCCCAUCGGACCAUCGGCGUUCUCGUCCCCGGUGAUGUCAAGGGGUGUUUGACAACCCCCCCGCCCAACCCACAAGGUUAAGGCGCAGCCCUGCAAUUGCUCGCUCAAGCCACGGCUGACGGAAGGCGCCUGGGCAUUUAGCUUCCACCUCUGUGCCACGUCGCCUUGGAAAAGAAGCUCUGGAGAAAAUCACGAUGAAGCUCUCACUCAUCCUUCUUCUCAAUUCGGUGGCACGAGUGGUGAGCGGUGGGCCCCAGCCUCUGCUGAGCGGGAGCCUCCAGCCAAAGUCCCUCGAGGAAACUGAGAGCUUCAUCCCAGACUCUGCGGAGUACGACGGCACGCUCGAUGCGUCCGAUGCGAGUGAAGAUUUUCAUCUGGAUUCUGGCGAAGACGCGGAUUACUUCGAUGGAGGCUUCCCCCAGGACUGCGCCGAGAUUUUCAAGCAGGGAAUCACCGAUGAUGGCAUCUACACCAUCCAGCCCGCAGCGUCUCGGGAGCCAUUCGAGGCCUUCUGCGACAUGGGGACAGACGGCGGUGGCUGGACGGUGUUCCAGCGACGGCAGAGCGGCGCCGUCGACUUCAACCGCACGUGGGGCGAGUACAAGCGCGGCUUCGGCGUGCCGAGCGGGGAGCACUGGCUGGGCAACGACCGCUUGCACGAGCUCACCUGGGGCCCCGCCGGCGCUCACCUGGCGAGGCACGGCGCGGCGCGCCGGGCGAGACGCCUCGAUGGCGCCAGCGGCGGUGACGGUGGCGGCGGCGAUGGGACCGGUGGCGCCGGCGGAGCGAGCCUGCGCGUCGAGCUCGAGGACUGGCACGGCGUGCGCCGCCACGCGCUCUACGCUCGCUUCCGCGUGGCGCCCGAGCGCGAGCGCUACCGCCUGACGGCGCGCGCCUACCGGGGCGACGCCGGCAACGCCCUCACCUACCGGCGCGGCUACAGCCACGACGGGCGGCCCUUCUCGACGCCGGACCGCGACCACGACGCGUACGCGGCGGGCAGCUGCGCCGCCUACUACGCCGCUGGGUGGUGGUUCGACGCCUGCUUCGCCGCCAACCUCAACGGCCGCUACUACCGGGGCGGCCGCUACCGCGGAGCCGUCACCGACGGCAUCUUCUGGGGCACGUGGUACCUGCUGAGCGACUACCGCUCGGGGCGCAAGUACACCUUCAAGUUCGUGGAGAUGAAGACGAAGGCCGGCGGAUUUCUGAGAGUGGGGAGCGGAGGCUCCCCGUUCCGGUCUCCCGUCGCGAAGCGCGUUUGGGGUUUUUGUUUCGCGACGGGAAUUGGACGCGCUGCGACGGACGUAUUAGGGAACACAAUUUUUGUUUUUCGUGACGCGGCCUGCCGAAUCGGGUGGAACGCGAUCGAGCGAUCGGAGCUGUGUCACGCGAGUAGGAAUCGGCUGCCUCGGCGUAGCAUCAUCGCACGAGGCAGCGGGAUGCUGCUGGAUGUUUCUAGAUGCUACCCACGCGCCUCAAGCCUUUGUUCGGCCUGCGUACGCAUCUCACGUGUCAUCGCGGACCGUGCUUUACCCUACAAUAUAUUUAUUAGUACAACGCGAUUUUUCCGUAACGCGUUGUUCUUCACGAACGCAACAACUGCCGCGUCAUAGGAGAACAGACUGCACAAAAAUCUACGGAGGCAGUCGUCCUCCAACAACAACGUGGAGAGCAGAGGAGUGACAUUCACAAUGAGCGGAGCGCCGGGCGGCUAAAACGAAGCAAGUCGGCACAGUAAGGGGGGUACAGCUGCCAGUCAUCUCAGUCAGUUGACGCAUGGCACCACCUGGGUCUGUUCCGUGACCUCCUGUCAGCAGCGAGCUUUCGAAACUUCACGUGGCCUCACCACGGGCACCUGGCCUGGCACAAGCGCCGUGGUGACAUCACCAUCACUUCGU